AUGAGUGACAGGUUGCAGGAAGUCUUGACUAUAAGCGAAAACUUUCCAAGGACAAAUGUGGAAGAACGCGCACUGGGCACCUUUCUUGAAGAGCAAGAACGGAGGCUGCGGAAUGUCGUAGAUCUCUGUAAGGCAUAUUCGUCCCAAACAAUUGGGGUGACUACCAGAGGCGAGAAUGAAGACGACGAGGAUGAAGCCCCUGCAGAAGAUGAAGCCUCUCCAGAAGAUGAAGCCCCUUCAGAAGACGAGUCCGAAGACAAUGAUGAAGCCUCUGCAGAAAACGCCAUUGCCAGUGCAGACGACGACAUAAUCCACCUCCGCCGGUCAUCAAGGGAGCGUCGUGCACCUGAUCGGUACCUUGGAGGAACACCCAUGCCUAGUCAGAGAGCUCAAGGGAGAGGAGUGUGCGCUGCAGCACCCUCUUCCUUCUCAUUAGGCACCAAUCUAUUGCUCGAAGUGCCCUCUUCCUCAGCAGACUGCUUCUUAGCGCCCAAAGGGUCAGAUUCUGUUGCACUUAAGCUUCCUGACACAGAUGGGGAGGUUGUUGAUCUUCCUGGUGGGGGUCUUGCUGAAUACACAUGUAGGGGUGAAUCAUCAAGGUUCAAGGUUGAUGUGGAAGGAUGGUCAUUGGAUUCGUGCUUGAGCUCAUAA